UAUAUGGAGGGUCCUAAAAAGAAAUAGAUUAAAUUUGAAAAUAAACAUUGAUUUCUAGAGAUUUUAUACGAUUUACUUCAUUUAUUGAGCCAUCGAUUCUGAAUCAACAAAAAUGGUCAACAAUGAAGGAUUUCUACCUUUUGCCAUUUUAAUGAUUGGACAUAUUCAAGGACAAAGUGACGUCUGUACUGUGGGACAGAUUAAGGGGCGAUGUGAUUGUAACAAGUAUGAAAUCUGUCACGGUGGAGUAUGGCAGGAGCAAACCGUCCCAAACAAUGAGAAGUUUGUCACCAUUUGCAGCUACUGUACAGAAGACGAUACUAAAAACGGAUGUUCAAAUUCCCAGAGAGAGGUUACGUGUGAAAGUAGCGUGUUAUCUGCUACCAACGGUAUCCCUCUUGCCUCAAGUCUGUCAACAAAUUCAUUGGAGAUCGAAUCAACGGAUUCCACCAAAUCAACGCCUGUAUCAACGGAUUCCAUCACAUCAACGCCUGUAUCAACGGAUUCCACCAUAUCAACGCCUGUAUCAACGGAUUCCACCGCAUCAUUGCCUGUAUCAACGGAUUCCGCUACCGAGACAGCAGAGGAUCAAAUGUGUCCUUGUGACUGCGAGUUUAUGGACCAGAUUGCAUUCUGGGAAAAUGCUGAUACUCAACCUGAGAUCGAAGAAGAAAUUCUUCUUUCCAAAAUAAACGAAAUGAAAAAAGAGUUGCAGGUCAACACAUCUGAAUUAACGUCUACAAAAAUGAAAAAGAUCAGCGCCCCCGACAGUCGUACAUCCGCCUCCGUCGCUGGUUAUGUUGGUAUGGUCUUCAUCGUCGUCGUACUGGGAUCCAUUGUUAUAUUAGACUUACCAACCCUGAUCAUCCAGUUUAAAGGACUCUGGAGAAGAAUAAGACAUUUUUAAGCAUUUGAAUUUUGUAUAGUGCUGUGUAGAAAAGUAGACGGACUCUGGAUACAACGAAAGAUUUCACCUAAUGUUAUUCCAAGUCAGUGGACUCAAAGUCUAUAUUGGAGGAGUUCAAUGUCGAGUUAAAAUAGUGUCUUGCCUUCCAUCCAAACAGGAGGACUCCGUUAAAGAAGAAAAAUAAACCAAAUCAAAUUAUGUUACUCAUUAUAUUUUAUAAUUCUUCAAUUUAUUCCAUUUUAACAUGGAGGUGUUGGUUAAUGGAGAAGAUGCCUCGUUUUUAACUUGAAG